ACAACAUAGGGUCAAGGAGGCAAUACUCCUAAUCUGUUGCUUUCAAGACAAGAUGGGAAAGCCAGGAUCUGUCUCUGGAGAAGACGAAAGCUUCGUCUUCAAGUAUUGUCUUUCUGCAGUUGCUGCAGGGGUGGCUGAAACAGAUGUGGUUUUCAUAUCAAGUGAUGGAGACUGCAACAUAUUCAGUUGAAUUUAUUUUUUAAAAUGAAAUGUACCAACAAAUGGAUGGUAUUGCUUAAUGUGCAGCCUUGCGUGGCCAGCUUUGGUAAACAUAUUUGUUGGCUUUCAUGAAGAUCAUUUGUUCAACUGUGACCAAAAGCCAGUGACAUUCCCCUUGGACAUUACAAAAACAAGGCUACAAACUCAAGGGGAAAUUGCAGCUCAUUUGGCUGAAGCUUCAGGAAAAAAGCCCCCACCUUACAGGGGUAUGAUUAGAACUGCAAUUGGCAUAGUACAAGAAGAGGGAAUUUCUCGACUGUGGCUUGGCAUUACUCCAGCAGUCCUCAGGCAUGUUGUGUACUCAGGGUGUAGAAUGGGCUUCUAUGAAUAUUUGCGAGACCAUGUUUUGAAAAAGGAUGAAGAUGGAUAUUUCCCAUUAUGGAAGUCUAUAGUUGGAGGGCUGAGUGCAGGUGCAGCUGCCCAGUUUAUUGCAAGUCCAACUGACCUUGUCAAAGUUCAAAUGCAAACAGAAGGAAGGAGAUUGCUCGAGGGGAAACCACGAAGAGUAAAAAAUACUUUACAUGCAUUCCGGAAAAUAAGUGCUAGAUAUGGAGUUCUAGGGCUAUGGAAAGGAUGGCUACCAAAUGUGCAAAGAGCAGCUAUUGUUAAUUUAGGAGAUCUGACGACUUAUGACAGUGCUAAGCAUUUCAUUUUAAGGAACACUUCAUUGCAUGAUAAUUAUGUUACUCAUGCAUUAGCAAGCAUUUGCUCUGGAUUGGUGGCAGCCAGUUUGGGGACUCCAGCAGAUGUUAUCAAAACAAGAAUUAUGAACAAUCCCUCUUUGUAUAAAGGAACAAUAGACUGUUUUAAUAAGUCGGUUAAACACGAAGGGUUCUUUUCAUUGUAUAAAGGCUUCAUUCCAACGUGGUCACGAAUGGCUCCCUGGUCGCUUACAUUUUGGCUUGUUUAUGAACAAAUAAGACGGUUAUGUGGCACCUCAAGCUUCUAACGAGCAAGUGUGUUGGUGAUGAAUUAUUAAUUCAAAGAUGAGUUGUGCGUAUUUGGUCGGAAUGAAACUCGAUGCCGUUGAAUAGAAAUUUGCAAGAUGCACUUUCUUUUUAACAGGGACUGAUAAGUGGAAGAUUUUAAAAUCAGUUCAAAAUAAGUAAAGCUAGGAACCGUGCCAUUCAUGAGGCUUGGAACUGUCUGUUCCCCGGUUUACUUCUAGAAAUUAUCAUGACUGUAUUUGAUACUCUGGGUGUAAUGACUAUUGUCAAUUUUUGUCUCUUUCUGUAAAAAUUGAUAACUUCUCCCCCAAAAAAAUUUAUUAUAUAUCAGUUUUAUGUUUUAAAUGGAAUUUAAUAUAUUUUACAACUACGAGGGAGUUGGCCAACUUUUAAUAGAGACACCGUAUAUCAAUCCACUUCUUUACUUUCGUACAUCAUAUUCAUAUAUCGAUAUAUCGAAUAUAGAUCCACUUUUUCAGGUUAUCCCUUUAAAUCAUUUUGAUUCUUCCCAAUUGUGUUUGAAAUUCAGUAUCGAAAUUAUUGUAUUUUCACUUUGGUAUUGUUAUAAUUUUCUUCGGCAAUAGAAAUAUUUUUGUGCAGUAUAAUAUUACUGCACGAUUUUGACGACUUCUGACUUACAAACCAUUCUAUUCUUCGGAUUAUAGACCUUUUUUGUUAUUAUUAUUUUUAAGCGCCCAUACGAACAGACAGUGUCCUUAGGUGGGCGUAGCUUUAAUUUGUUAGAGCUUGGCUUUCGCCUGAUAGAAAAUGAGUCAGAUCAGAUCACAUGUUCGCAGUAAAUUACUGUUAAUCAACGGAAUAUUUGGUAGACGACGAAGCUGCGUAAACGAGAUUCGAUCCUUUGUUUAAACAUUGUUAAGCCACUGCAAAUUUAAUGUUUAUAUAUAUAAUGAAAGUUUAUAUGAGAUUAAUUGCACAGA